CGAAUGGCGACUGUCGCAUCUCUUUGGCCACGACAUUUCCCAUCCCCCGUCUUCGCCAUCCCACCCCGACCACACCACUGCCGACUCUGCUGUCCAGCUGCGAAGCAACGCCAACACCCACAGCAGAACAGGUCCAACACACCGCCGCCAUGGUUCUCCAAGAUCUCGGGCGCCGUAUCAACACGGCCGUGUCCGACCUGACCAGGGCACCAAACCUGGACGAGAAGGCCUUCGACUCCAUGAUCAAGGAGAUCUCGGCCGCCCUCCUCGAAGCCGACGUCAACGUGCGCCUCGUCCAGCAGCUGCGAAAGUCGAUAAAGUCCACCGUCAACUUCAAGGAGCUGCCCCCCGCCGUCAACAAGAAGCGCCUGAUCCAGAAGGCCGUCUACGACGAGCUCGUCAACCUCGUCAACCCCCACAACGAGCCCUUCAAGCCCAAGAAGGGCCGCGCCAACGUCAUCAUGUUCGUCGGCCUGCAGGGCGCCGGAAAGACCACCACCGUCGGCAAGCUGGCCCGCCACUACCAGGCCCGCGGCUUCAAGUCCUGCAUGGUCUGCGCCGACACCUUCCGAGCCGGAGCCUUCGACCAGCUCAAGCAGAACGCCACAAAGGCCAAGAUCCCCUACUACGGCAGCCUGACCGAGACCGACCCCGCCGUCGUCGCCAGGGAGGGCGUCGAGAAGUUCCGCAAGGAGAAGUUCGAGGUCAUCAUCGUCGACACGUCCGGCAGGCACAGGCAGGAGGCCGCCCUGUUCCAGGAGAUGAUCGACAUCCAGGAGGCCGUAAAACCCGACGAGACCAUCAUGGUGCUGGACGCGAGCAUCGGCCAGCAGGCCGAGGCCCAGGCCAAGGCGUUCAAGGAGGCCGCUGACUUUGGGGCCAUCAUCAUCACGAAGACCGACGGCCACGCGAGCGGCGGUGGUGCCAUAUCAGCAGUCGCCGCGACGCACACGCCCAUCGUGUUCAUCGGCACGGGCGAGCACAUGCUGGACCUGGAGCGCUUCGUGCCGAAGCAGUUCGUCUCCAAGCUGCUGGGCAUGGGCGACAUGGCCGGGCUGGUGGAGCACGUGCAGUCGCUCAAGCUGGACCAGAAGGACACGAUCAAGCACAUCACCGAGGGCGUCUUCACGAUCCGCGACCUGCGGGACCAGCUGCAGAACAUCAUGAAGAUGGGCCCGCUGUCCAAGAUGGCCGGCAUGAUCCCGGGCAUGAGCAACAUGAUGGCCGGCAUGGACGACGACGAGGGCAACGCCAAGCUGCGCCGGAUGAUGUACAUCUGCGACAGCAUGACCAAGAAGGAGCUCGACUCGGACGGCAAGCUCUUCAUCGACCAGCCCGAGCGCAUGACCCGCGUCGCCCGCGGGUCCGGCACCAGCGUGCGCGAGGUCGAGGACCUGCUCACCCAGCAGCGCAUGAUGGCCGGCAUGGCCAAGAAGAUGGGCGGCAACAUGAAGAACAUGCAGCGCGCCCAGGCCGCCAUGGGCGGCGGCAACAAGGCCCAGCAGAUGGCCGCCAUGCAGAAGCGCCUCCAGUCCAUGGGCGGCGGCGCCGGCGGCGCCGGCGGCAUGCCCGACAUCUCCAGCAUGAUGAAGAUGCUCGGCGGUGGCGGAGGCGGGGCCGGCGGCAUGCCCAACAUGGGCGGCAUGGACAUGAACGCCCUGAUGAAGCAGAUGGGCGGCAUGAUGGGCGGCAUGGGCGGCAUGGGAGGCGGGGCCACACAGGGCAGGCGGAGGUAACGAGCGAGUGAGUGAGCGAGUGCAAGUCACGCUGUGGGAGUGAGUAAGUAAGGAGUCCGAAACACGUGCGUCACGGAAAAGAGAGGGCGGGCGGGCAUAUAUUUUGCAUUGGGGCCGGCGUUCUUUGGGUGCUCGCGAAAUGGCUGGGCAAAUGAGGUUAUAGUAAUUCAACGUUGACUGAAGACCCUACGACUUCCCAUCCCCUGCGCAUCGGCGUCUGCGGAGGAGACGAGAUGAGGUCCCUGGAGCCCGUCUUCUGCACGGCUGCUAUCAUCCGUCCAUCCAGUCGAUAAUCCGCAGACAGGGGGCCUGAUAUAUGCCCAUAAGCCGAAGAUGAAUCAAGUCUAGCCCGCCCUUCCAUUCUAUUCCAACCUCCACCACCAUCACCACCCCAUCCGUCGAUCCCCUCAACGCCGCACAUGGGCUUCCGACGGAGACCGAAGCGGCGACGCGUCACCACCACCACCACCAUCAAAACCACACGGUCUGCCGCCACCCUCAAACCCGGACGGUCCGCCCUUGCUGCCGCUGCCUACAUCGACGACGCCCUCGUCCUGGCCAGACCAGUACGCGCGGCGCUCGUCCUCGCGCAGCCAGCCCCUGGGGAACGCCCGCUGCCGGAAUCCCGCCUGCUUAUCCCCCUCCCCCCGCGCCGCCGCCCUGUCGAGGACGAGGUAGGCCACCGCCAAGAUGGUGAAGACGGCGGAGAACACCACCCAGAAGACGAGGGUGUUUGGUUCCAUUUUGUAUUUGUGUUUGAGAUUGUGUGUGUGUGUUGUUGUUGUAGUUGUUGAUUCUCUGCUCUGAGAGCGGGGUUGCUUGUCAUGUAGCAAUCGAUGAUGGAGGUCCGGCGGGGGAUGCUUUUGUGGUUUGAUCUUUUCGGGGGGCUUCUUUUAUUUGUAAACGUUUGUUUGGCUCCUCGGUCCUGUUCCAUUGUCGGAUUGAUGGGUCUUUGUCUGUCUCAGCAUGUGUUCGAUUUGAGAUGAUGCGAUGGAACCUCGGACUCACGGCACAGUGAUUCAAAGUUAUUAUGCCCAGUUCAGCAACAGGGAGUCACUCACUACCUACCCAGACCCCCUGAUUUUUGUCACGGUGUGGGUGUCUGGUAGAAACUCUUUCUUCCUCCUCCUCUGCCUCUCAAGAGCGAAACCAGGAGUUAUUUGAGGUCCGCACGAGGGGGUGCUUCAACCCAGUCUGGGCCU